GUUGUUCUCCGCAGGCUCGAAAAAAGUGUUGCGGGCUCAAAGAUCUUAAGCAACCUUUCCAGGCUUCGCGACCGCGCGAUUGUCGUCAGUGCUCCCAGUCUGCUAGGUUAUGGCCUUGUUGCACCAUGGCAGCACAUCAAAAGCCACUUCCCUCGGCCACCGGCGGCCUGGCCUUUUCUCGACUGCCUUCCGACGAGAUCAAAAAGAUCUCAGUCAAGCAAAUCCAUGUCACUCCAGCAUUGGAUUCCAUGUUUGGUCCCAUACCAGGCGGUGUGCAUGAUCUAGCCUUGGGCGCAAUCUCAGCUUUGGAUGCGAACUGCUCAACAUGUCGCAUGAACGCGAUCCAUUGUGCCGGCCAUUGUGGCCAUAUCGAGCUACCGGUUCCUUGCUAUCAUCCCCAGUACAUGGACAUGGCUUUACGUCUCCUUCGAGCGAAGUGCGCUUACUGUCAUCGAUUCAAAGCGCCUCCGAACGUCAUCAAUCAGACAGUCUGCGCUCUGCAGCUACUCCAAUUCGGUCUCGUUGAGGACUAUCAGAAUAUCAAAGCUAUGCAUCUCGGUGGAAGGCGACCGAAAAGACCCAAGACAGACGAUAUUGUGGAGGAUAUCCUCGAAGCCGAUGAAAUUGAAGAGAUUGAUGAUUUGAUAGAGCGAAGAACACGAGCGACAGACAAGGCGAUCAAACGGGCGCGCAAGAGAAAUCAGCUUGACACCCAGGCUCUGAUCCGAAAUCAUGUUGCGAUUGAUGCACGGAAACAGGUCAUCACCGAAUUCUUAAGAGACCUUCCCCUGCUCAAGAAAUGCGCGAAUUGUGGCGGGGCCAGCGUGACGUAUAGGAAGGAUCGCAAUGUCAAGAUCUUCAGGAAGCCGUUGGCAAUGAGACAAAAAGAAAUGAUGCGAGUCAUGGGAAUGAAGGUCCCGAAUCCGUUGCUCUAUCUCGAAUCCGAGAGGAAACAGAAAGAAACAGCUGUGAAGAAGCCUUUGACUAACGGCGUGCACGACGAGGAUGUGGAAAUGGACGACGCCGAUCAGGUCCCUGCCACGGAAACCCAUGGCGCUGAAGAGGAAAUCGCAAUGCGAAAUGCCCUGGAGACAACAGCCGUAUCGAAAAACGCAGACUUGGAGGACGAGGACGACGUACAACACUACAUGACACCAAGAGAGGUACUGGCCGCGCUCACACUGCUUUUCGACCGUGAAUCGGAAGUUCUCAAACUUUUGUACAGCUCACAGCCAGGUCGCAUACAAGCAAGUGUAUCGCCGGAUAUGUUCUUUAUGACAGCUGUACUGGUUCCUCCGAAUAAGUAUCGACCUCUCGCCCGACAAGGCGCUGACCAGAUGACGGAGGCGCAAGCAAACGGAGCCCUUAAUCGGAUCAUCAAAGCAGCUAAUGAUGUUCGACAUAUCUCUCGAGAAAUCAGGAGAGCCCGGACCGACAAGUCGGUACGCCCACGAACCUUGAAUGAGAGUAUCCAGGCAAUGAUUGCGCUUCAGGAGACGGUCAACGCAAUGAUAGACUCACCACCGCCAGCAUCCGGGAAACCAAGUGAUCAAGGUGUCAAGCAAGUCCUGGAAAAGAAGGAAGGUCUUUUCCGAAUGCACAUGAUGGGCAAGCGCGUAAAUUUCGCAGCUCGCAGCGUCAUCUCUCCCGAUCCAAACAUCGAGACGAAUGAGAUUGGUGUGCCUCUCGUUUUCGCGAAGAAGCUCACUUAUCCGGAACCUGUGACAAGCCACAACUUCGAAGAGUUGAGUAAGGCCGUGAUCAAUGGUGCGGAUAAAUACCCAGGUGCUGCCGCCGUGGAAAAUGAGAAUGGCCAGGUACUGAGUCUCAAACGGAAAACCCUUGAUCAACGGAAAGCCAUUGCCAAGCAGCUCAUGACUUCCACGACACCCGGGUCAAAAGGUGAGACAGGUAAAAAGGUCUAUCGGCAUCUUCAGACCGGUGACGUGGUCAUCAUGAACCGCCAACCUACGCUGCAUAAACCAUCCAUGAUGGGUCACCGUGCCCGCGUAUUGACGGGCCAGAAGACGAUUCGAAUGCAUUACGCGAAUUGCAACACCUAUAACGCUGACUUUGAUGGUGACGAGAUGAACAUGCACUUUCCACAGAAUGAGUUAGCUCGUACUGAAGCACUUCAGAUCGCCGAUACUGAUCAUCAAUACCUCUCCUCGACUGCGGGAAAGCCAUUGCGUGGUCUAAUUCAGGAUCACAUAUCCAUGGGCGUGCAAUUCACUAGCCGAGAUGUCUUCCUUGACCGAGAUCAAUACCACCAAUUACUCUACAGCUGCCUGAGGCCCGAAGACUUCAACACAGUCUUUGAAAGGAUUCAAAUGGUGCCGCCUGCUAUCCUCAAACCGAAAAUGCUGUGGACUGGGAAGCAAGUCAUCACAACCGUCUUGAAGAACAUCACGCCCGACAGAUUCCAUGGUCUGAAUCUUACAAGCAAAUCAUCCACCUCGUCAGAGUCGUGGGGCGAGAAGACUUCCGACGAUAUCUCGAAAUGGAAUGUCACUAAUGACAGCAUUGUGUUCCGCGAUACUGAGCAAAUAGUAAUCUUCAAAGACGGAGAACACUUGUCAGGGAUCUUAGAUAAAAGUCAACUAGGUCCCAGUGCUGGAGGGCUAGUUCAUUCGGUCCAUGAGCUCUAUGGGCACAUCACAGCGGGAAAACUGCUCAGCAUUCUCGGCAGACUCUUGACGCGAGUUUUGAACGAGCGCGCUUGGUCUUGCGGAAUGGACGACCUCUACUUAACCAAUGAAGGCGAUAACCUGCGUCGGAGUGAAUUGAUUAGGGGAAAACGCAUUGGUCUUGAGACCUCUGCCGAGUACGUUACGCUCGACAAAGACAAAGUCGAUCAAGAGAGUUCGGAACUCCUUAGCAGGCUCGAAAAUGUCCUUCGAAACGACGAUCAGCUCAACGGACUAGACCAGCUCUACAAAGCCAAAGUCAAGUCGAUAACAGACAACGUCUCUAAACACUGUCUACCGGCUGGUCUUCGAAAACCCUUCCCUCGAAAUCAAAUGCAGGCAAUGACCAUAUCGGGUGCCAAGGGUUCGAGUGUCAAUGCAAAUCUGAUCUCAUGCAAUCUGGGGCAACAGGUCUUGGAAGGUAGACGAGUACCUACUAUGGUCAGCGGCAAGACCUUGCCCUCAUUUCGCGCCUUUGAAACCGAUCCAGUCGCUGGUGGAUAUGUAUCUGGACGAUUCUUGACUGGUAUCAAACCUCAAGAGUACUUCUUCCACGCUAUGUCUGGCAGAGAAGGGUUGAUUGAUACUGCGGUCAAGACAGCCAAGUCCGGCUACCUCCAGCGCUGCAUUGUCAAAGGUCUCGAAGGAGCCCGCACAGAAUACGAUACUUCUGUCCGUGAGAGCUCCAAUGGUAACGUCCUUCAAUUCCUCUAUGGCGAGGAUGGCCUUGAAGUCACUAAGCAGAAACACUUGCACGAGUUCACAUUUUUGGCCGAGAACAAUCAAUCUGUCGCCAAGCUGAUGCGAGCUGAAGAGGUGUUGUCGAAGAUUUCGAAUAAAGGACUGGCUGAUGAACAGAAGGCCAUUUUGAAAUCAGUCAGGAAGAACAAGCCUCGAGAUCCUCUGACGGGGCUUUUCAACCCUGGAAGCAAUUUCGGCAGCACAUCUGAAUUCUUCGCUACCGCUUUGAGCACUUAUAUCAAGGAGAAUCCCAGCAAAUUGAUCAGACACAAGGAGACCAAUCCCAACGGCAUCGUCAGCAAAAAGACAUUCCAAUCUAUCAUGGAUCUGAAAUAUAUGCGAUCUAUUGUGGAGCCUGGUGAGGCAGUUGGAGUUGUCGCAGCACAGUCAGUCGGUGAACCGUCCACUCAAAUGACUCUAAAUACCUUUCAUUUGGCAGGUCACUCGGCGAAGAACGUGACUCUUGGUAUUCCUCGUCUUCGAGAGAUCAUCAUGACGGCCUCGCCAAAUAUCAUGACUCCAACAAUGACACUAAACCCCAUUGAAGAACUGACCCCUGUCGAGGGGGAGACCUUUGCGAAAAGCAUCAGUCGUCUGCCUCUCGCGCAUGUCAUUGACAAGCUCUCGGUUACUGAACGAUUGGGCGCUGGAGCUGGACGACAAUCUGAGAAGCUCUAUGACAUUCGAAUCGAGCUGUACGACCCAGAAGAAUACGAAAGCGAGUAUGCCAUUCAGCGAGAGGACGUCCGGCGUUGCUUGGAAAAGAGAUUCCUCCCUCGUUUGGACAAGAUGAUCAAGGAUGAGUUCAAAAAGAAAGCUCGCGAAGCAUCUCUUUCAGAAACUACUGCCGCAGUACCAGCUGUUGGCGUCUCCGUCGGUGUUGUUGAAGAAGCCCGGCCCACAGGCACAAGAACAACUGAGCGCGAAGGCGGCGAGGAUGACAUUGACGAGGAUGCUGAUCCCGAUGAUGCCAAAGAUGCUGCCGCAAGAAGCAGAAGGGAGGAUACCUUUGAUGAGCCCGAUGACGAUGAGCGGGCCAUUAUCAAUGAAUCAGGUGAUGAGGUGAUGACCAGUGACGACGACGACGAGUCGCCGGACGCUGCUCCAGCCAAGAAGCCACGAAAACAGAAGGAGUCUCAGACACUCCGAGAGCAAAAUCCGGAUGAGAGUGACACUGACGAUGCCGAAGACUCGGAGGAGGAAGCAAGACAAGACCAACUAAAGGCUAGCUUGCCUCACGUCACACGAUUCAACUUUGCCAAAGGCCAAGGCAAAUCAUGUCGCAUUGUACUGAGUUACGAUACCAAGACGCCAAAGCUCCUCCUCCUUCCGUUGCUCGAGAAGUGUGCACAUAUUGCUGUCAUACAGUCUAUCCCUGGCCUCGGCGUAUGCACGCAGUUCAUGGAAGAAGUUCACGGCCCUAAUGGCAAGCCUGUAAAGCAAAUCAAUCCCGAGACUGGCAAAGAGGAGACCAAGAAAGAGCCUGUUAUCACGACCGAAGGUGUCAACCUGCUUGCCAUGCGCGACUACCAAGACCAGAUCAAGCCGCACUCGCUAUACACGAACUCGGUACACGAUAUGCUGAAACUAUAUGGCGUCGAGGCGGCGCGAAUGACCAUUAUCAAGGAGAUAGACGGUGUCUUCAAGGGUCACGGUAUCUCAGUUGAUCCACGGCAUUUGAAUCUGAUCGCAGAUGCCAUGACGCAGUCUGGCUCGUACCAGCCAUUCAGCCGCCAUGGUCUGGUCAAGGAAGGAGGUAGUGUGCUUGCGAAGAUGAGCUUCGAAACAGUUAUGGGCUUCUUGAAGGAUGCAGUUCUGUACGGCGAGACGGAUCCUUUACUGGGACCGAGUGCUAGGAUAGUUGCUGGACGGAGAGGCAAUAUCGGGACUGGAUCGUUUGACGUCGUGAUGCCUGUUCAUUGAUGUGGGGAUCUUGGAUGUUGUUGCUUCAUGUGGCAGCUAGGGCACGCUGAGAACGGCCUUCGGAAAGGCUGCAGACAGGGCAAGCGUUCAUGUGAUACGAUAACGAGUACAAAAAGAAUAGAACGUUCAAGACACGGACACACCGGCCACCUAUCACUACUCGGGCACCGUCGAUACUUCCUCGUUUGCGCAGGAGACAACGCC